AUGGGUUACAUUCGUGGGCUGAUAAAUCUUUCCAAAAGAACGUUGCUAAAGCUCUUUCGAAAUGGAUUACAAAUAUUUGCACUCCUAUUGAUGACUCAGGCUCAAUGGCUGAAUUGGGUUAUCUACAAGCUAUCGCCAUCCAGGCUGGGUCAAGUUCAACUUGUACUGUAUGUAUUGAUGGUAUUUACUUAUGUAUAUGCAAACAUAACACCUCCUGGAACCCCAGUGACUGCUUUGUUUGAGCCGAAAACGAGUAACCAAUAUAUGAAGCGAAAAGAUGGGAUGCCUCGUUAUUGUGGCAAAUGCAUGCAGUACAAGGCUGACCGAACUCAUCAUUGUUCGCGUUGCGAUUCUUGUGUGCUACGCAUGGAUCACCAUUGUCUCUGGUUUCGUAAUUGUAUUGGGUUUCAAAACCAUAAGCUUUUCUACCUCGUGUGCUUGUAUUUGACAACGUAUGCUCUUACAAGUGUAUACAGUACAUUUAUGGCCAUAACAAAGCAUUUUACUGCAGCAAAUGGAACCAUAAGCUCUGUCUAUUUAGUGUUUUGGGGUUCUCUGUUUGCAUUCGCGUUUGGCCUUAGUAUUGUGAUGGUUGCGUUUACAGUCUAUCAUACUUUCCUUCUUUUUCAGAACAUUACUACCCUGGAGUCUAUGAAAUCUAGUUGGUCGAAAUAUGCCAAGUCAACACAGCCAUUUAACGUUGGUCUGUAUAAUAAUUGGUGUCAGGUGAUGGGAUCGGCACCAUGGUUCUGGUUUCUCCCAGUAAAAAAUUCGAUAGGAAACGGCACUGUUUAUCCCAUCAACCAGAACGCACUUCCAUACAUCCCCUCUUCAGAAGAAAAAUUAGAAACAUCCUUCGAAAAAACUCCAGCGCCAAUUGGUUAUAGAGAGACCGAAUGGGCUAGUGAUGAGGAAGAAUUUGCAAUGAAGAGUCGUCGCUGGAAUCCUCACCUUGGCCAGUUUGAGUGGCUUGAUGAUCUAGUUUGA